UUAACACAAGUUUCCACACUGACUCGCACAAUCAACGCACACUUAAUAAUAAAAUAAAAAUUAAUAAAAUGUGUGCGUUCAAAUUAAGUGACUACGAUUGCAUUGGAUUUGAUCUAGAUCACACAUUACUGUGGUACAACGUUACUAAUAUGGUAGAAAUGGAGUACAAAACACUAGCAAAUUAUCUAGUGAAUAAAAAAGGGUACAGUCCUUCCUAUUUACAAAGGCCAUUAAAUGAACAGGACAUUGAUUUCAUGCAGAAGGGAUUGAUCCUAGACUUCGAUCGCGGCAAUAUCCUCAAGCCUGAUAGCGAUGGUAUAAUAAGACAAGCGAAUCAUGGAAGUAAAUCACUUACGGCUGAUGAAAUAAAUUCAAUUUACCCAGACAAACGUUGGGAUGCCAUUGAUGCGUUUAUGAGUAAUCCGCUGGAUGUAUGGAACGGACCCUACUCCCAGAAAAUGCGAUCGCUGUUGGAUUACUUUGAUAUGCCGGGUUGGCUGGCAUUCGCGCGUGCUGUUGAUGAUAUUGACAACAGAAACGGUAAAAUUUCAGAUAAAUAUGAGGUAUGGGCUGACAUUUUUAGUGGUCUGAUCAACAUGUAUAACAGAGAACACUUUAAAAAAAAUUUGGGUGACUAUUUUGCCACUUUGAAGUCUGAUCCUGACAAAUAUCUGCGGAAAUGCAGCGAGGAAAUCAUCAGUUGGUUGCGGGAAUUGAAGAAAACCAAAGUUACUUAUUUAAUCACUGGUUCCAAUGCCGACUUUGCUGACUUUACGUCGCGUCACACCAGAAAAUCUCUUUUUGAUGUCGUAGUUUGUUUUGCUAAAAAGCCGGGGUUCUUUACGGACAAGCGCCCGUUCCUUAAGUUGGAAGGGUUUGAAGAAGCUGGUGAAGUUGAGGGCAAGGAAUUGACCCGCGAGGGGAAUUACUCCCAAGGAAAUUGGGGAGAGAUGAAGGAUUUAUUUUCUAGAAUCACUGGAGUUGAAAAUCCUAAAUGCUUGUAUUUUGGGGAUAAUUUAAUUCAGGACAUUUAUGUACCGGCUACACAUGAUUUGGAUACUGUGGUAGUGAGCGAGGAGAUGCAUGCAGAAGGAAUGGAUCAUGAUAUCAGUCAUCCAGAUGCUAAAACUAUGAUAUCAAAUUACUGGGGAUCAUAUUUUUCAAUGAAAAGUGAUGAUACUGAUACUUUGAAUAAAAGUUACUGGAGUUAUUUAAUUGAAAAUUAUUCUAAAAUUUGUAUUCCUUCUAUUAAAAUUAAUUUCAAUAGUUCCGGCAAUAAGUCAGCAAUUAUUUCUACUUAG